AUGUCUGUUCCGAGUAAAUCUAUUGAUAAAAAUAAACGAUAUGCUGGUGUUAAAGCAAAUGAUUUUGUAAACAAAGCACGAACAAACGAAACGAGUCGAGCAACAGCUCGUACUCAAGGAUGGGCUAAUCUCGGAAAAAUUAAUAGUCGUCGUAUACCACCACCAGCUAAUUUACCAAGUUUAAAAAGUGAAACAGGUACAAAUAUACCAACAUUUGAUCCAACAAUACCAACAGGUACUAGUCAUGGAUGGACAGCUAGUGGAAAUCAAACACCAACAAAUCUCACUAAUAAUCAAACACGUCCAUUAACACCAUUAAAACAGCCAACACAACAACAACUUGAUUCAAUACCUGCUCAUAUAUCAACACCAUCAAUACCACAACCAUUAAUAUCAUCAUCAUCUAUAAUAUCAUCUGAUAUUGAUAAACCUCGUAGUGGUACAACAUGGAGUACAGUAACAUCAAAUAAUACAACAGGAAAUUCAAAUGAACAACCACCAAAUUUACUUGGUUUAAAUGAUUUUCCACGUUUAGUUACACAAGAUAAUAAUAAAAAUAUUAAAACACAAUCAGAUUCAUUAAUGAAUUCAAUAUCAUCAUCAACAACACAAGGACCAAGUUUUCGACCAGCUAAUUUAGCAUCAUGGAAAGAAGGUGGUGGUCGUGCUCAAUUAAUGUCAAAUGAUUUAACAAAAGAUUCAAUUGAUAAUAAUAAUAAUACUAAUUUAUCUACAUUAUCUAUACAAUCACAAAUAUUACCAACUAAUACAAAUAAUAAUUUACUUCAAUCACAAAUACAAAAUUCUAAUAAUCCAUCAUAUAUGCGAAUGUAUCAACAACAACAACAACAACAACCACAAAUGUGGUCAUAUAAUUUGGGUAAUUCUUACGGUCCAUAUGGAACAAAUCAAGCAUCUGGACCUAUGUCCAUGCAUCAAUUACAUCAUCAACAACAACAACAUCGUAUGUCACCAUAUGGUCAUAAUGCUCAAAAUCAAUCUCAACAACGUCUUAAUACAUCAACAGAUUAUAAAACUCCAACAAUAUUACGAAAUAAAGAUAUUGAUGAUUUAUCAAAAUUAACUGAUAAUGUUACAUGGGCAAGUGCAUCACAAGAAGUAAAUUAUGAAGAAAAAAUACGUUUUAGUGAUGAUGAAGAUAAUGAUAUAACGGAUAAUAAUAAAUCUCGUCGAUAUAAUAAUUCUCAAAAACAACAAUCAAAACAAACAUAUCCUCAAGUAUUACAAAAUACAAAUACUACAACUACAAAUAAUAAUAAUAAUAAUAAUCGUAAUAUACAUACAAAUUAUUCUCAACAACAAACAACACGUUCACGUUUAUUACAAGAUGAUGAACAUGUUAAACAAAUGCAAGAUGAUAAAAAUUCUGAAUUAAUUAAUACAUUAACUGUUGCUAAACAACGACGUGAUGAACAAGAACGUAAUCUACGUGAUAAUUUAACACAACAAACAACAUCAACAAAUAUACAAAAAACAUUUGAUGAACAAAAACAAAUACCUGGUUAUCAAACACGUCCAUUAAUAACAUCAACUGGUCAAGAUAAUUUAACAUCAUCAUUACAAAUUGAUUCAACAUCAAUAACAACAACAACAACAACAUCUCGGCCUCGUCAUGAUACAACAGAUAGUCAAACAUUUGCAAUGAAAAGUUGGUCUGAUCAAAUGGAUUCUUUUAAUUAUGCAUCAUUACAUGAAAAAUCCGGUGGACAAGUAGAUACUGAUGAUCAUCAUGAUGAUACAACUAUUCCUAUUGUAAGUGGUUCAUCUACAUCUCAUAAAUGUAGUCGAUCACAAAGUGAAUCAAGUACACAAUCUCAAAAUGAUAAUAAUGGAAUAAAAAUAAAUCGUUCAAAACCUUAUCUAAUGACAAAUCGUAAACAAAUAAAAACAAAUAUAAAUCAAACAAAAACAUCAAUAAAUAAUAAUAUACGUUUAAAAACAAAAACAACAGAUGUUAGUGAUUAUUUUGAUAAUAAUGAACAACAAAUUAAAUCUAAUGAACAAUGGGGUGAUUGGGAUGAUACAAAUUAUACAACAAAUAAUAAUAAUAAUAAUAAUCGUUAUCAACAAUCAUAUUCAAAUGAUCGACGUAUUAAUCAUCAACAAAAUUAUUCAGAUGAUAUAUCACAAAAAACAAAUCGUUAUAAUGAACAAACAAAUGAUUAUAAUCGAACGAAACAACAAUCAUUAAAAACACGUUCAAAUGCAUCUCGUUCAUCAGAUAUACCAACAUCAUCAAAAUCUGAAACAAAAACAAUGAAUAAUAAAAAUCAACCACCAUGGCGUCCAUUAUCACCAGCACGACCAUUAGAUCCUAAUGAUCCAACACCACAAGAAUCAAUUUCUUAUAAAUCACAAACAAUUAUGAAUGAUCGUCAUCAAUCAGCACCAAUUGAACGUAAACAACGUUAUACAUCAAUAAAUACAGCAUCAAUUCCACCAUUAAUGAGUGUAAGAUCUGAUGUUCCACCACCAACAUCAUCAUCAACAACAACAACAACAACAACAACAUCAAAACAAUAUAAAACAUCAACACAAUCUCAACGACAAGAUUAUAAUAAUUCAUCACAUUAUUCUCAACGUAAUGAUUUUUAUAAUGAAACAAAUGAUUCAACAUGGGGUAAUGAUGAUGAUUAUUAUGAUGAUGAUACUGGUUAUUAUGAUUCAAAUAUGCAAACACAUCAACGUCAUCAUCAUACAAUGGGUUAUCAUUCAAAUAUACAUCAUCGUGGUUAUAUUGCAUUAGGUUCAUAUGGACGUUAUAGACGUGGUGGAACAUUUCGUCAUCAACAACAAUAUAAUACAUAUAAUAUGAAUAAUAUAUCAAAUAAUACAUCAUCACAAUAUAAUACAAAUAUAAAUACAAAAACAAAAAAAACUCCAACAAAUCGUACAACAACAACAACAAUAAAUAAUAAAAAAUUAAAUGAAUCAUCUGAACAACAAACAAAAAAUCCUAUAGUAGAAUCAUCAAAAAUUGUUAAUGAUGAAAUUAUAAAAAAACAAUCAGCAUGGACAAUAGAAGAAAAAUCAAAACCAAUUGAAAAUCUAUCAACAAAUUUAAUUGAAAGUGAAAAACCAAAAGAAUCAAUUAAUAUAAUAACAGAAGAAAAAAAUGAAAAUGAAUCAAAUCUUAUUGGACAAACAGAAAAUGAAUCAACAGGAACAACUAAAAAACAAACAACAACAACAACAAAUACACAACGAAAAACAAAUAAAGAUCAACAAAAUUAUCAUCAAGAUCAACGUUAUCAAAAUCAACAAGUUUCUCAUCAUAGAAAUAAUUAUGCACGUUCAAUGCAAGAUUAUGAUACCAUGCAAAUGAAUACUCAUAAUUAUUAUGGUACUAAUCGUCGUACAACACGUGGUAAUCGUAAUACACGUAUGCAUGAUUUAUCCAGUGGUUAUUAUUAUGAACAUCCUCAACAACAUUAUAAUAAUCGUUAUAACUAUUCAAAUGAACAUUAUCAACAACAACAACAACAACAUCCAACACAUUCAUCAAUUAAAACAACAAAACGUACUAAUUCAACAACAAUUGAUCGUAAACAACAAACAAUAAAAGGAAAUAAUAAUAAUAAUAAUAACAAUAAUAAUAAUAAUAAUAAUCCUAUACAUAUUCGUCAUCAAUCAACAAGUGAUAAUGAACAAAAAGAAGGUGAAGAAUGGGAAACAGCAUCAGAAUCAAGUACUAAUAUGCGUUCUGGUCAUACAGAUACUAAUCAACAACAACAACAAUCAAUUAAAUCAACAACAAAUGAAAUAAAAUCAAUAAAUCGUGAUCGAACACCACCAAAAAAAAGUUUUUCUAGUCAAAGACCAUUGAAUACUCGUUAUAGUGAAAAUAAUAUUCAUCGACGUCAACAUAAUAUACAUGAACGUAGUAAUAAAACAAAUCGAACUGUUAUUCAUCGUACAAAUCGUUUGUCAACAAAUCAAAAAACAAAUAUACAACAAAAAAUUGAUGGAGAAAUUGUAAAUACAAAAUCAACAAUUAAAAAAGAUCUACAUCGUCAUUCUCUUGAAGGUUAUGAUUUAAAUAAUGUUGCUGGUGUUGUUAAAAUUGAAACAUUACCAGCAAGUGCAUUAGAAGAAGAAAGUUCAGCAUUUGAUGAUGGUGGUGAAGAAUUUUGUGUUGUUAUGUCAAAACGUGGUCGUAAAGAACAAAAAGCUGCUCAAUUAUCAAAACAAAAUGCUAUUGAAACAAUAAAUGAUCAAACAAUUAAAUCAAUAACUAAUGAUGAACAAUCAACAAAUGAAAAAAUUUCUAAUGAUACUAAUCAAUUAAAUACAACAACACGUACUCGUAAUGGUAAAUCAGUUCCACCACGUUUUAAUAGUAAAACAUUAACAUCAACAAUACGUCAACAUAAUACAAAAAAUGAUCAUCAAAAUUCAAAUAUGUAUUAUUAUGAUCAAAAUUAUUAUUAUUAUGAUCAAAAUCAAUAUUAUGAUCAUGAUAAUUCAUAUUAUAAUUAUGGAAAUUAUAAUCAAAUACAUCGACAAAAUUUAACACGUCGUAAACAACGUAAUCAACAAAUACAUGAUAUACAUACAACAGAUGAACAUUUAAAUGAAAGAAAAAUUGAAACAAAUACAAUUGAAAAAAAUCAUUCAACAACAACAACAAAUGUUAUGUCAAAUAUACAAAUGUGGGAUCCACAUACAGAUAAUACGAUAUCUAAUUCAAGUAAAUUAAUUGAAAAACCUACUCAUGAUCGAAAAUUCGGUAAUGAAGUCGUUCCAUCUUCGUCAUCAAAUGAUCCAUCAUUAUCACUUCAUCAACGUACAGCAACUGAUCUUACUACUCAUUCAACAGUGUCAAAAACUACUGAAACUAUAGCACGAACAAUUAAACCACCUAUAACAGAUAAUAAAUCUACAAGAGAAAAUAAAACUAAAUCUGCUACUUAUGAAAAGACUGAUACUAUAUCAUCAUUAGGUUCAAAUCAAUUAUUUGAAAAAAGUACAUUUUUGGAUUAUGAUGAUAAACAAUCUAUUGGUACAGUUGGUGAUGAUUAUAAUCAAAAAAUUAAUUCACUUAAAACUAUAUGGGAUGCAUCUGAUCAUCCAAGUGUACAACUUGAACAAACAAUAAAUACAAUGGUUGCAAUGAAACAAAAACAACAAGAUAAUAAUAUUUCAAAUACAAAUAAUUCAAAAAAAUCUGAUAAUUAUGUACAAGAAUCUAAAUCAACAUCAUCAUCAUCAUCAACAAAUAUAACAAUAACAAAUACAAAUAUAUCAUCAACAACACCAAAUGAUGAUACAAAUAAUAAAAUAAUAAUAUCGUCAACAAAUAAUUCAUCAUCAACAAUUAAUCAACCACCAACAUAUUCAACAAGUACAAUUUCAAAUAAAAAUGAACAAAAAAAUAUUUGUACUGUUAAACCAACUCAACAAGUUGCACCGAAUAUUCAAGAUCAAGUUGAUGUAACAAAUUAUCAAACAUUUACAACUACUCCAUUACCACCACCUAUAUCACAAGCAUCAUUACAACAACAACAACAUAUACUUCCACAAACUCAAGUUAAUCCAUUACAUCAACAACAUCCAUAUCCAUUCUAUGAAAAUCUUUUACCACCACCACAACAACAACAACCACCACCGCAACAGCAACAACAAUUUAAUCGAUAUGCACCACAAAAUUUUCAAUAUCGAAAUACAAAUAUCUUUUUGCCACCACCACCAAAUGUACCAAAUACAAAUUCAAUGUAUCAUCAUACAUCACAGGGUUCAAUAUCUGCUCCACCACAAAAUAAUCCACUACAACCACAAGCACCAAUGCCUAGUUAUCCAUCACCAUUUUUAGUUGAUCAUGGUGGUCAUAUGAUUGGUCAACCACAACCACCACCACAAGCAUAUAUGAAUAAUCAAAUGAUGUCUGGUCGACCACAAGGUGGUCCAUACUAUCGAACACCACCACAACAACAAUUACAAACACCUCCGGGACCACCUUAUGGUACUCAAGAUCCAUUAGCACAUGGAGGAUUUUAUCCACCAUUUUUUCAACCAUCUAAUUCAAAUGCUCCACCUGUUGGACAUAAUUUAUAUGGACAAAAUGAAGGUUUUCAUCAUCCUCAUCCACAAAUGUUUGCUCGUGCUGGUUCAAUAGAUCGUAAUGAUCAUCCAUUAAUGUCUCAACCACCACCACCACAAUCAUUAUCACGUCCAACAAAUUAUCCAUCAACAACAUCAAAUCAACAACAACAAGGUCCACCACCAUCAUUAUUAUCACAAAAUUUAAAAUCAUUUCAUACAAAUCAACAACAAACAUCAUCAUCAAAUCAAGCACAAUUUUAUCCACCACCACCACCACCAAAUCAAUAUGCUCGACAACCAAUGCCAAUAGGUGCUAUGAAUACAACAAAUAAUCGUCAACAAACUCAACAAGUACCUAGUUUAAUGAGUGGUAUAAGUAAAAAUUUUUCAAAUAAUGGAAAUAAUCUUAAUAAUACACAAACAUUAUUUCAACAUCGACAACCAUUAAUACCACCACAACAAACAAAUACUAAUCGUCCAUUAUAUCAACAUCAUACACAAUAUUCAAAUUAUUCAAAAACAACUGGUCAAAAUGAUGAUAAUAUUAAACCAAAACAUAUAUAA